AUGUCGGCUCAACUUUCAGCAAUUUCUACUGCUCAAACUGUAGCCCAAUUACUUCCGAAGCUUCACGAUGUGGACCCCGACCAUCGAUUCAUGUCUCUAAAUGAUUUAUUUCAGGUUCUUACUAUUAGCAAACAAGAUCUUUUAACUGGUGAUUAUGUAAUUGCGGCAAGAGCAGUUGACGGAAUUAUCAAAACCUUAGAUGAUCAGAAUGGAGAGGUGCAAAACCUGGCGAUAAAAUGUCUGGUUCCUCUAGUCAGCAAGAUACCAUCUGGGAUACUUGUCCCAUUACUUGAGAAACUAUCUACUUUAACAACACAGAACUCUGUUGAUAGAUCUAUACCCGCAAUGGCUUUGAGAACUGUUGUGGUCACAUUAGCGCGGCCCAUCGCCGGCGUUACCCCAUCUAGGGAGGCAGAAGACGCUUAUUCUGCAAUUAGCAGGGUUUUAAUUCCAAGGCUUGUUGGUCAAGAUUCAGGAAAACUAGAUUCAUCAUCAAAUACAACAAUCCCUGGAAUUCUAGAUUUUGAAGUUAAUACUGAUAUUGGUCCUGAAAGUGUCGAUGUUCUCAUUGAGGUAGUUAGGUGUUUCGGUCCGCUGCUAAAAGAGUCUGAAGUAAUGGCGUUGCAAAAACUCCUGGUUUUCAUUCUAAAUUCAGAAAAAGCUAGUCCAGCUGUUAAAAAACGAGUUGUUAUGGCGGCAUCUAUUCUUGCUAUUUAUUUAACAGACGAUGGGCUAAGUGGGUUUAUUUAUCAACUUAAAUCAAGUUUGCAAAAUCCCCAGCUACCUUUGGUCCAGAGAAAGAUCUAUAUUACGAUACUUGGCUCUAUGGCUCGUUCAAUUCCGACUAGGCUAGGAAUAUUUCUCAAGACUCUUGCACCAUAUGUGUUAGCAGUGCUGAAUCAGGAUGAACAAAGUGAACAGCUCAAUGGAGUCGAUGAUGAAGAGCCAAACCAAGAAAAAGAAGACGUUCGCGAGGCUGCAAUUCUGACCUUAGAGGGCUUUCUUUCUUCUUGUGGGGGUGAAAUGCGCGAAUAUACGGGUGAUGUGACUGCUGCUCUUCUUAGAUUUCUCAAGUAUGACCCAAACUACAUCAAUAACGAAGAUGAGGAAAUGGGCGACUCUCAGGACAGCGAUAGUAGCGACGACGAAUUUGAUGAUGCUGACGACGAAUUUGAAGCCAACAUUGAUUUUGAUGAUGAUGAUGACUCUAGCUGGAAAAUCCGAAGAUGUGCUGCAAAAGCACUAUAUACAUUUAUUUCAACACGUGGAAGCGGUGAUUUACUCGAUGAUGGCACACUAUAUUCAAAAAUAGCUCCAGUCCUAAUUCAAUGCUUUAGUGAAAGAGAGGAAAAUGUGCGUUUGGAAAUUAUCGCCACGAUGACAUCUCUUAUUAAAAAGACCGGGGAGACAGUGUAUAUGGAUUACUCAUUAGAUAAUGACUUGGUACCUAUUAAUAACCUACCUUUGUCACGGAAGCGAAGGAGAGAAAGCAGUACUAACAUUUUUGAUGCAAAGAGUCUUCUUUUCAUGUCUACCGGACUUACAUCACCAGUCUUUGAACCGAUCCCGACAUCUGGGCCGCGUGCCGACCUAGCGAGACAAACUCCAGCUAUCAUGAAGGCGUCAACGAAGUUGCUUAAAGGAAACUCCAUUCCAACAAAACAAUCUAUCAUAAGAAUCCUAGAUGAAAUUGUCUCAGCCCAGAAUGGUGGUCUUUCUGAAUAUUUUGGCCUUCUUGUUGAUCCUAUUAUCGAGUCAAUCAAGACUACUUCAGGCUCGACAGGAUCUUCAAUUGUUACAAGCGGAACAGCAACAGCAACAAUUAAUAGUUUAAGGAUAGCGGCCCUUCGAUUGCUCGGAGAUAUUACUUACACUCAUUCUUCUAGUGUACUGCGUCCUUAUUUGUCCAAGAUCGUACCUGGUGUCAUAUCAGCUGUAAAUGACAAGUCAUACAAGGUCUCUAUCGAAGCAAUCACAACAGUCGAACAAUUAAUUAAAGCUCUAACACCACCGAGGUCAAACUUAGACUACCCAAAAAAUCAAUUCGAACUCAAACAACUCUAUGAUGUUAUAGUUAGUCGCAUUUCUGCUAACGAUGCUGAUCUAGAAGUGCGCCAAUGCGCAAUACAAGCAUUCGGUAUACUUUUAGCCCGAACGGCUAACAGGGAAGGUUUUAAUUUCCUUUCAUCAACUGAUUAUAACUUGGCAUUUAACCUUUUGAGUGAAAGACUAAAGAACGAGACCACUAGAUUUGCGGCUGUACACGCUAUUGAUACAAUUGCAACUCUUGCUGCUAGAGAAGAUCGACUUGAGCCCUCAUGGGUCCGAGAAGUUUCUUUGGAGCUUUCAGCACAAUUUCGGAAAGCCGAUAGGUCUUUGCGCGGAGCUAGUUUAGGAGCUUUAAGAAAUCUGAUCGCCAUGCCAUCAACAGCUUUGGCACUUGAUAAGCUGACGGUUGAAAGCCUUGCAAGCACACUUAUGCCUCUCCUUUCACCAGGGGAUCUUCACCUCCUCAGUCCAGCCCUCCACGUAUUUGCAACCCUAGUCAACUGUGAACCAGGCCUGGUUGCUGGUGACUCAUUAAAUUUUGCCAUUUGUCAACUACUGAAAUCAAACAUUGGAAGUACUGCACUCGAAGCACUACUUAUACUUGUUACCAGUAUUGGUAUUAAGGGUGCUGGACAAAAGCUCAUGCUUGGCUUAUUAAAAGACGUGAAUACUAAUGGAGAUCCGGCUAUCGUUGGAAAGGUAAUUGGAACUCUAUUGGCGUAUGGGGGGCCGUCUGUGGGAGUUAGCAUCGAUAGCUUUUUGGCAGAAAGUGUUAAUUCUGAUUCUACGGACCCCCAAAAAUGUCUUGCUGUAGCUGUUUUAGGUGAAACGGGCCUUCUUCUAGGAAAAAAUUCAAAUUUAUGUACAAGUACAUUUACUGUACAGUUCUCUGCGGCAUCUGAAAAAGUUCGUUUAGCAUCUGCAGUUGCACUUGGUCGUGCAGGCGCUGGAAACAUACCAGAUUAUCUGCCUGAAAUCCUUAGGAUUAUGAGUGGAGGUGGUAAUACGGAAUACUUACUGCUACAUUCUAUCAAAGAGAUAAUUCAACAAGCAAGCAACAGCGGUGUUGACAUUAGUGCAUAUAUACAGCCUUUGUGGGAUCAGCUAAUCAGCGCUUCACAAGUUGAAGAUAACAAAGCUAUUGGAGUAGAGUGCAUCGGAAGGCUUACCAUCUUGGAUCCAAAAACAUAUAUUACUGAGCUGCAGGGUUAUCUCUCUGAUUCCAAUGCCUCAGUUCGGGCUAUGGCGAUUCAAGCGAUUCGCUAUACUCUCGCUGACGGUGAUGCAGCAUUCGAUAGAGUUCUGAUCGAGUCGCUAGUAAAAAUGCUUAGUACUAUGCUUCAAGAUACAGAGACAGAGAACCGACGCCUAGCGCUUACAACUCUCAGUAGUGUCGCGCAUAACAAACCUGCCAUGAUCAUAUCUAAUUUAGGCGAGCUCCUACCAUUCGUUAUACAAGAAUCUAUCGUCAAACCUGAACUUGUCCGUGAAGUUCCAAUGGGACCUUUCAAGCACAAAAUUGAUGAUGGUCUUGAAGUUCGAAAGAGCGCUUACGAGACAUUAUAUUCACUAAUGGAAACGUCGUUCUCACGAAUUUCAAUUCUAACCUUUUACGACCGUAUUCUUGCUGGCCUCAGAGACCAACAUGAUAUUCGAGCGCUUUGUAAUCUUAUGCUAACGAAACUUGUGGUCCUGGAUCCGGAAGAAACAGCGCGAAGGCUGGACAGUAUUGCAGAAGCAUUUAGGAGUAUCUUGAGUGUAAAGCUGAAAGAUACUGCGGUCAAGCAAGAAAUAGAGAAACAGGAGGAGGCGAUUAAAAGCGUACUUCGUGUGGGUUUGUUAUUACACAGCAGCAUUCCAAACGCAAGUCCCGCCUUAGGAUCUGUUCAAGUCAACCAAGGCUGGAGGACAUACUGGGAAUGGCUGGAAAAAGACUUUGGGACACAUUUGCGUAAGCUAAAGGAAGAAAUUAAACUAGUUGAAAACUAG